AUGACUGCAACAACUUCUAGUUGGGCUUUGGAUGCAGACAAAUUUAAUUGGCAUUGGGAAUGUAAUUGCCCUGAUGGUUUUGAAGGUGAACGUUGUGAAAGAAUUAUUGAUAAUUGUAUAACUGGAAGAACGAUUUGUGUUAAUGGAGGGCAAUGUGUUCAUCCAUGGCUUGAAGUAUUCGAGAAUAUUGGAAAUGAUAAUAUAACAAAAUCGGUUCAACAAAGAUGGCAUCCAUCUGAAUGUAAAUGCAUGUCUGGAUUUUCUGGGGAGUUUUGUGAACGGGAUGUCAAUGAAUGUGAAGUUUAUCCAGGGCUUUGUCAGAAUGGUGCUACUUGUAUGAAUCGACAUGGCACUUAUUUGUGUUUGUGUGUUGCUGGAUUUGAAGGAAGAUAUUGUGAAAAUAAUAUAGAUGAUUGUAUUGAUAAUCUUUGUUAUGCCGGUUCAACUUGUGUGGAUGGGAUUUCACGGUAUACUUGCCUUUGUGCACCAGACAGAGUUGGUAAUUUGUGUGAAUUUCCAAAUCCCUGUUUUAAUACUUCUAACGACAAUAAUGGACCUUGUUUAAAUGGAAAAUGUUAUCCUGAUUUUGAAUUUGGUAAUCAUUCAUGUCAUUGUGAUGAAGGAUGGAUGGGACAGAAUUGUGAUAUAGAUAUAGAUGAAUGUGCACAUCCAUUUACUAAUAAAUGUUCUAAAGGAAAGUGUGUAAAUACUGUUGGAGGGUAUAUUUGUGAAUGUGAAUUUGGAUAUACAGGAGAAUUAUGUUCUUUAUUAGAAAAACAUUGUGAUUCUAAUCCGUGUCAAAAUGGGGGAACUUGUCUAAAUAAAUUGGGAAAAUAUGAAUGUGUUUGUUUGCCUGGUUAUUCUGGAAAUAAUUGUGAAAUUAGAGCUUAUAAAGAAUUAAAUAAAUGUUAUUUGGAUUGCCAGAAUGGAGGGAUUUGUAAAAAUGCUGAUGAUACUGAAUGUGAAUGCCUUCCCCCCUUUUCUGGAACUUUAUGCGAAAUUGAAAAGCCAGAUCCCUGCUAUCAAAAUCAUUGUGCAACAGACUCAGUGUGUGCCCCAACCAUUGAUUAUACUUCAUAUACUUGUCAAUGUCCACCACAUUUAGCCGGUCAAUUUUGUGAACGUCAAUUACCUCCUUGUGAAGAUGGCUAUAAUCCUUGUGUUCGAGGAAUUUGUCAUAAAAAUACUGAGGAUAUUGAACACUUUACUUGUGAAUGUUUAAAUGGAUGGACUGGGCCUCUUUGUGAUAAACAAAUUGAUAAUGAAAUUGAAGUUUGCCCUUUAGCUUCUAAUCCUUGUCAGAACGGUGGGCAAUGUGUUGGUGUUGAUGGAAAUAGAGGGAAUAAUAAAAUACAAAAAAUUGAUGGAGGUACUGAUUUUUAA